GGAUUGUUCUCUAACUACACUUUUUGAUCUCCCUUGGAUUUGAUAUAAGAUUGAACUGCUUCUAUGUUUUCUGUACUUGACCUUGUACCCUGACUAUUCUAUUGGAUUCUCCCUGGAUUUGGUGACUGAUCUGACUGCUCUCAGGGUAUCGUGACUAUUUUUCCUUGCAAUGUCUGUCCCAUUGGUUCCUGAGAAUAACCUGACUGGGCCCCAGGGCCCCAAGUCUUCUCUCCCAAGUACCAUUCAAAAUCCGGAGGUACCAGAGAGUGGUUGGGAUCGGAUCGGUGAGCUUUUCCAAUGCAAUGAGCAGGGAGUGUACCCUGAGGAACUGCAAGCCAUCGGAAAAAGUGUACUGAUGGGGGCUCUGAUUGGCUGGGUAUAUGGUGGAGUUCCAGCUGCGCGACACAGCAAGGAGAGAUACAUACAGCAAAGUCAGGCCGAGGUUUACCAUCACAGAGUGGAGGCUGUGCGCUCCGCUCACAACGCUGCACUUAGGGGGUUUAUCCGUUAUGGCUGGCGAUGGAGCUGGAGAGUAGCCGCUUUUGUCACCAUCUUUAAGUCAAUAGUGGCCAGUUCUUCCCUAGAAUACCCUCUUCUCAACAAAUCACUCAUUUCUCUUCACCCAAGUGAAGGAUCAGAUACUGUCCUCAUAACUCUCACUGUCACUGGGGGGCUGUUUCGCUUGAGCCUCGGUCUCCAGGGGCUGUUGAGUGGUUCAGUGAUUGGAUCUUUACUUGGGAUCCCAGCUGGUGUUCUCAUUUCUGGGCUGCAGUCUCUUUCGGGCGAGAGUAUAUCUGAGAGGAAACGCAGAGAGCGGCGGCAUCUGUAUGAGCAGAAGCUUGAGGAGUGGAGUGCCCGACUCCAGGUCACUGAUGACGUCCUGGAGCAGUUGGAUGCUGCACAGAAAGACUCAGCUGAGAAACAGUUUGAGAAAAUCCAGCAGCUCCUGCAGCUUCCCCCAAAUCCACCACCCACAACUGAGGACAGGUGAUGCCUUUAGAAAUCUUCCCAUGACGUACGCUGUAGAAGGUUUGAAGGUCACCACUGAUUUAUGAGAGCUUGGGACAAUUCCCUACAUAUCGGGCUGCGGGGUGGAGAGUAUCGGAGCCUGUGACCUAAUCAGUGCAUCAGCAUCUCCGGCCAUUCCCAAUGCUGCCAUGUGCAUCUCUACUAUGUAAUACCAACCCUGGUCAUCAGCAAUUCUUUAUUUCCUUACCUGUAGGGGCUUUAUCUCACCACCAUCAGUCCCCCUAUAAUCCAGAGAGAGAAAGCAAGUUCCUCUGUCAGUGAUGCACUGUCUCUGUCUGCAAAUAAAGUUUUUAUCACGUGUGAA